AUGGAGGUAUGUUUCCAUAAAAGCUGUGUAAGUAUUGAGCUGCUGGGCCUGGGAGAUAUGUUGCAGAACGUUCUAUGUAUGAAAGAGUUUAGUAGAAACUGCAGGGACUACCCUACUUGAUCUGCCAAUGGCCAGCAACAGUUAAUUUGUAGCUCCUGAAUGAAUAUUGUGUUAGCUUGUUAUGCCUGUUUAAUUGGGAAUGUGUGUUACAUGCAGUAUGCCUGUAAGGGCAGUGCUAGCUGCAGGGUACAUGUUCUAUAAGCAGAUUAUGAAACGUGCAGCAAUUCAUGUAUGAAUGAGAAGUAUACAUAUAGCUUUAUUAAAGUUCCAUUUUUGCUGUGAUAAUUGUUACUAUGGAGUAUCCCUUGCUAACAGGUGAUUUACGUGUUUAGCCAUCAAUACAGCAGGUAAUAUUAGGGGGUGUGCACACAGAGAAAAAUACCAUCUAAACUUUACGUUAAAAUAAAUACUAACUUAAAAACAAGGUGCAAAAUAAUGUUUUUUGCACUAAUGACCAGGUGUAAAUGGAGAAAGUCAUGAUUUUUUUUAACCCAAACUCAUUUUCAUAUUCAGGGCAUUACUCACAGUUGUGUACAGUGUUUAAAGGGACACUAUAGCAACCAGAACAACUACAGCUUAAUGCAGUGUUUCUGGUGUGUAUAGUAGGUACCUGCAGGCAUUUUACAUAAGCACUGCCUACUGAGAAAAGACAGUGUUUACAUUAUUGCUUCGUAACACCUCUAGUGACAGUCACUCAGAUGGCUACUAGAGAUCCCUGAAUCAGCACUGAUGUUCAGGAUCUCCACGCUCUGCAUGGAGACGCUGAACUCUUCCCAGAGAUUCUAUAUAUCUCUGUGAGGGGAUGCUGUUUGGCACAGCAAUAUCCUUUUCCUAUGGGAAAGCAUUGGCCAUCAGCCAAGGAGAUGGAGCAGGGGUGAGGCUAGCCGCAAUGCAGCCAACACCGCAUGGGAAAAAGGUGAGUAAAGCACCUUUUUAAAGAGAGCCAAUGGGGGCCGAAAAUCUAAACUGUGUUUUUGUAGAUAUGGUGCCAGGAAUACAUAUUUGUAUUCUUGAAACUAUAGUGUUCCUUUAAGUGCUUCACAGAGCUACACAGCAAUAAAACUCAGUUAUGUGCAAAUUGUAUGAAUCUAUCACAAAGUUCCUAUGACUGAGAAUGGGGUAUGUGUGGGCUGUUGUAGGUUUGCCUAGAGCAGCGUUUCUCAACCUUUUACGAAGAAGUACCCCUGCCUUGAGAAAGUCGUUUCUAUUGAUUUAAAUUCCAAAUGAAACGUGUAGACACAGAGAACACUGGCAAACACACAUUUACACACAGCGGACACCAAAACAGCCACACACACACAUUUACACCCAGAGGACACUGACACACACAUGCACAUUUACACAGAGAACACUAACACAGACAUUAACACACAGAGAAUACUGACACACACACAUUUACGCAAAGAAAACUAACACACAAGUAUGUACACACAGAGGACACUGAAACACACUCACUGAUUUGACAUACACAUACACACUUACUGACACACAUUCACUGGCACAAACUCUCAUUGAUUUAAAACACACUGACAGACACACACACACAUAUUUACUGACUAAUACAUACACAUUCUUUCACAAACACUCACAAAUUAUUAUUAUUUUUUAUUAUUUGUAUUUAAGGCCACCCAGCCUCCCUAGCUUUGGGAGAGCUGGGAUGGAUCUUGUCCCUGGUGUCCAAUGUGGCUACUGCAAUCUUCGUACUCUUCCAGCACCAUUUAAAGUCGGAGUGACAUCAUAACCUGGCUCCUAGCAUCACUGCAGAACGCACAGGGGAGCAGUUCUGGAAGAUCAUGAAAAGUAUAGCACUCUGCCCGCUUCCACCUUCAUUCUCCCCCUGCCAGCCACUUCUUGGCAUUCCCCCUGCCUUUAGUGCAUGUACCCCCUGGUACACAGUACACAUACCACUGGUUGAGAUACUAGGGCCUAAUGUAUGUGGGGUUGGCUGAGUGUAAUGUUUGCGGGUUACAUGUGUAGCUGGUUGAAUGUGAUGUAUGAGGGCUGGCUGAAUGUGAUUGUGAGUGGUGGAUGAGAGUGCCGCACCGCUUCUGCCUGCCACCUGUACGCUAUGGCUUUGGUGGCUUUCUGGGAAAUCUGGACAGUUCAAAGGUACUUUAGGCAACAUAACCUCUACAGGGAGAAGACCCAUUCCAAUAUUUGUUUUGUUUCCUACACCAUAUCAUCCUACUUCCAGUUUAUCUACCUCUUCCGCCCACUAUUCCUAUCUUUCGUGGCAUUCCAUUCCUUUGGGCAUCUACUCAUUUGUCCUCAGAUGAUGUCUUAAUGUGUAUGUGAUAUUCACAAUAAAUGUAUUUCCACAUUUAGAUCCAAGUAGUGUAUGUGACACUACUCCUGUCAUCCUGCUUAUGGAUUGCAAAUAGCAAUAAAUAUGAAGAAGAUUUUGUAGAUCCAACUGACAUGGUGAAUUAUGACGCUGUUACAAAGACAAUGAGAAAGAAAACUGAGGUAAGACAUUAAAACAACUUGGAAUUCAUCUCAUUAAUUUUCUUUGUUUAUAAAUAGAUCCCAAUGGUUUUUGUUAUAUUGUACCUGUUAAAGGACCACUAUAGGUACCCAGACCACUUCAGCUUAAUGAAGUGGUCUGGGUGCCAGGUCCAGCUAGGGUUAACCAUUUUUUCUAUAAACAGCAGUUUCAGAGAAACUGCUAUGUUUAUGUUAGGGUUAAUCCAGCCUCUAGUGGCUGUCUCUUUUCCUUUGGGAAAGCAUUGGCCAUCCGCGUGCUUCUCACUGUGAUUUUCACAGUGAGAAGACACCAGCAUCCAUAGAAAAUCAUUGUAAAUGCUUUCCUAUGAGACUGGCUGAAUGCGCACGCGCUCUUGCCACGCAUGCGCAUUUAGCCGAAGAGGAGGAGAGGAGGCGGAGAGGAGGAGGAGAGCUCCCCGCCCGGGGCUGGAAAAAGAGGUAAGUUUAACCCCUUCCUCUCCAUCCAGCCCGGCGGGAGGGGGACCCUGAGGGUGGGGGCACCCUCAGGGCACUAUAGUGCCAGGAAAACAAGUAUGUUUUCCUGGCACUAUAAUGGUCCUUUAACAUUUUAGCCCAUUGCUAAAAAUUGUCAGACUAUCACUAUUUGCAUUAGUAGAUCUGCUGCUGUGAAGGCUUCAUUUGAGGUCAGGUGUGAAUUCCAUUUCCAAGUUAUCUGUCAUACUGAGCAAUUAAGUGAGUGAUUACAGCAUCGGCAGAUGGUGCUACCCAGCUGGACAUAACCUUGGUAUCUUGCCUAGAUCCCAAGCCAACAGUAACCAACAAACACUGUAACACAGAAAUGUAUUUAAAUUAGCAAUAAUUGCCAAACCUCACACUUCCAUCUUCUAACCUAGAUUACUAUUUUAUUUUAAGUCAACGGAGUCAAUCUUAAAGAAGCUUCUGCAGGACAUAUUGGAUGAGAUACAUCAGCUCGGUCCGGUAAGUGAACUAUUUAUUAAACAACCAAGUUGUUCUUAAACCUAUAAGACAUAACACCUAGACAGCCACUUCUUGUCUUAUUUGUGUGAAUGCUUUUUAGUAGAUUUUGAGAUUUGUUACGAGCUGCAAUUUGCCCAAAUUUGGGCUGAUCAGUUGAUCAUACGAAUUCCUGAAAUCUGAGCCAAAAUGUAGCCGAAUCAUAAACCAAACGAAUCACUAUGAAUUUUGAUUCAUGAUUUGGAAUUCCACUUGUGGCGCUGAAAAAAGAGAUUCUCAAUGGGACAAAAGAUAAUUGAUGGCCAGGGCCGGCCUUAGGCCUUUGGGCGCCCUGUGUGAAACAUCUUUGCAGCGCACCCCUCUCAUCCAUGUAUAGUGUGUGUAUAGAAGUGUAGUGAUUGUAUAGGGGAUUUAUUAAAAAUAAAUAUUCAUUACAUACACAUACAGAGUUACAGGCAGACAGUCACACACACACAUACACACACACAGUUACAGACAAACAAUUACAAACACACACAGGUACAGAUGGACAGUCACGUACGUACAGCCACAUAUACAGUAUCACACACAUACACCGUUACAUGCAGACAGUCACACACACACACACACACAGAGGAAGACAGUCUCACACACACAGGUAGUCAUGCACACACAGGAAGUCACACACACACACACACGCAGGCAGGCAGACAGUCACAUACACACACAGACACAGGCAAACCGUCACACACAGGCAGAAUCACACAUAGUUACCUCUAUUCAUUAUGGAGGUGGAAGUAGUGCAGUUCCUAGAUUCUAGUUGUUGGGGAAGCAGGGACUCCUUCCUGCUUCCCAUGCAGCAAUUACCUGGCACUUCUAGCCCCGCCCCAAUGUCAUUUAGCCCCACCCCCGCCGCAUUGUUUUUUGGGGGUUUUUUUUAUCCCGGGUGAAGAAUAAUGAUAUCCUCCACCCGUGUAGCCGGCAAUCUGUGAGCUGUGUCGGCCGCAGGGCGCCCCCUGCUCCAUAGCUCCUUAUUGUUUACUUUUUGUGAGGUGAUAUGUGAACCAAAUGAACGAAAAAUGCGCCAUCAGUAACUGCAAAAUAUAUUCAUAAUGUUUAUAUAUAUUAUACAUAUAUUUUGCAGUACAUUUUUUGGCCAGUGUCAUGCCCUUUUGGUUCAUCUGAUUCGUUUCACCCGAAUCUGUUUUUGUUAACGAAGAUCUGCAAAGCCAAACCACCAUAUGGAUGAAAUUAGGUUAUCCCAAAUGUUUAAAAAUUUUGGGGUGAAUUAGUAUGGCCUUUUUAGCAUAAAUCCAAUGUUAUAUUGAUGUAGCUAUAAGUUGUUAUAUAACAUGUACAAAAGGACACAUCUAAAAGAUGAUAAAGCCAGUAGCAUUACGCACCCACAGACCACAAACAAUUUACCAAAGUCCCAAGAAUUGACAACCCAAUUACAUAUUUUAAGCCAAAAUAACCAAGCCUUGGCAAAUUUUCAAGUUAUUUUGUUUAACAUGUAAAUUCAAUUGUCAGUUCUGUAAUUCCUCUAACCUUCUAACUCUGGAGCCAGAUUUUCCAUUAGGCAUAUCUAGGGUUCGUUGUUGAAUGUAGGGGCCUGGCAAAUUUGUGAAAGUCAUGCAUUGUAUCUGUGACAUUGUGCAGCUCCCUGGGCAUAAUUUAGCACUACACAUACACUCGGUAUCAGAAUUCCACCCAGAAUUAGCUGCAGUUCAAUGGGUGUAACCAGCAGCACUAAUCAUACUGGAAUAAAAAAAGAUGUGAUUGUCUGUUAGUGAAAGGCCCCUUCACUGCCUACAUACCAAAUCAGUGUAAUGCAUGCAGCCCAUUCCCUCAGAUGUGAAUCCUCAGCAAGCUCCAAAGUAAAUUCGGAAUUCCUUCCCUGUGCUCUUCUUCUCUCAAAGCUCUGUACAGGAAAUAAGGGUUUCUGAUGUUCUUAUCAGUGUGUGUGUGUGUGUGUGUGUGUGUGUGUGUGUGUGUUUCUUCUGCAUGUGUGUCUGUGUUUUUCUAUGUGUGUCUUUUUCUAUGUUUCUGUAUGUGUUUGUAUUUUCUUUGUUUGUCUAUGUGUCUGCAUUUUUUUGUGUUUCUUUAUAUCUCUGGUUUUCUUUGUUUCUAUACAUGUCUGUGUUUUUCUGUGUGUCUGUACACAUUAUUAUAUAUCAGAAAGUUACCUGUUUUUGGGCACCAGUUAAGGAACACUGCACGAAGAAGGGCUGGACCAUCUUCUUAUUUUACUUUUAUUACUAAUUUUGGUGAAACCGGAAUCUGGGUCAGUCUUGGAGAAAGUUCUGUUUGGAGCUUGUUUGCUUUUCUCUGUGUUUCUAUGAUUUAUAUACAUGUGUACAUAGUUUUGUGUUAUCAUAUGUAUUUUGUUUUUCUAUGUGUUUCUGUAUGUCUGUACUUUUCUAUGACUGUGAAAAUAGGGAUCCAGAUUGCUACCCUAUCUAUGGCACUCUCAUGAGUUACUCUGCCUGAUAAAGCUUCCAUUUUUCCAUUUUCUCCAAACUUUCCAACUAUUCCAGCAUAAAAUAAAUACAUUAUUCAAAGUGGUUCAUGGUUUUAGAAAGUGAUUGUUAAUUCCAGUGAUUAAAAAAAAAAAUGGUCUGAUGGUCUGAUUUCAUACAAGAUCAGUCUGGGCCCUAUGCUAUUCGCAGACAGCUAGAACACGUUCUGAGAUGUGUUUAUCUUUUCUACAAGCAUACAAUGCAGACGAGAGGAAUGUAAAUAUUUAAUUUACAGUAGCAGUGUAAAGGCAAUGAGAGCGAUUUUACAGAAUGUUGGAAUGAACGCUAAAUAAACAUUAUCAUCUAAACAAACAGAUUUGAGUUUGUUUAUUUGGUUGGAAAAUAAAUCCUUAAACGGUUAUACGUCACUUCUAAUAGGAGACCCUGAGCUGUGAAAGAAUGGGGAUAAGAUCUGGAUAUCACACACCUUUAUUGAAAGACAUUAAAAGGGGAGAAGACAACAGCUCAAUGUAAUUAUUGGUGAUAUAAAAAAUAAAAAGUCAAGAGUGAGUGAAGCCCAGCUGUAAGAUGUAAGAUGGGUGUUAGAUAUAAGAAAAAAAGUGGAGUACUUACUCACGAAUGCGUGGUGCAGACUGCACAGGGUGUAUAGCCCGAACCCACAGGCGGCUAACAGUUCAUAAAUCACGAAACAUCCCCAAUAAAAUAAUGGCUUGGCAUGGAGUCCAGAGUAAAAAGAAAGUAAACUCGCACGUUAAAGAUGGUUAUAAGAUUAGGCAAGAGAAGUAUCUGAGGUUACAGCUGUAUUCACCUGUAUUAUUUCCCACCACUAGUAGUUUACUGGCCCUCGGACUAAUGAGUAACAGGAAGGGAGACACCAAAAGAACCCCUAAUGUAAAAACCUUCCUAAUACAAACACUUGCCUGAUACACAAACACGCAAUUAUGGUCUACAGCAGGGGUAGGCAACCAUCACCACUCCAUCUCCCCAGAUGCAUUAUGGCUGUAAGAGCAUUAUGGGCAGGUUAGAUCCACCAUGUUUACAGGGACAAAUAUAAGGUUCUUAUAUUUUUUUAAAAAGCAUGAAAAGGGUUGCCCUGCAGUGUGUAUAAUGCAUAUUCUGCAUUAUUGCCUACACCAUGAUUGCUUAAUUGCAGGAUUCUUCAUUGCCUAAUUGCUUAAUCUCAUACACCUUCUUCUGAAUUCUGCAUACUACAAGGUACCCUUUUCAUGUGCUGCCCAUCAAUAUGUAUAUAUGAUAUGUGUCCCAGAAAACAUGGUUGGUCUGGUCACCCUGAUUAUAGGGGAUGUAGUUCACAGUAUCUGUUGUGCCAAAGGAUGCCUACCCCUAGACUCCGAGGCGUAACUAGAAACCACGGGGCCCCAGUGCGAAAAUUGCCUUGGGCCACCCCCCAUACAUCUACGUCCUACCCCACAUGUCCCCGAUGCAGACGAACAGAUAUACAAGCAGACACAUACACACAGAGACCCAUACAUACAGAUACAUGUAGAGACACACACACAUACACUCAAAUACACACACGUACACUCAUAGACACAUACAGACACACACUCAAAGACACACUCACUCACAGACACACAUACACUUACAGACACAUACACUUACAGAUACACACACACACACACAGACACGGCGAGAAAGCUGUGUUCUCUCUGCUCUGCUAACUCAUGGGCUGUCUACUGGUGCCGGGAGCCGGAAUAUGACAUCAUAUUCCGGCUCCCGGCAUCAGCAGUCGGCGCGGGAGGGAGCAGAGCAGAGAGAACACAGCUCCCUCACCGCUUCUGACAGGAACUCUGCCGCCCGCCGGGGGGGUCCAUUAGGCAUCUAGGCGGCCAACGGUCGCAGGAGUCGUGGCUGCGACCGGGCCCCCUGAAGUGAGGGGCCCAGUCGCAGCUGCGACCUCUGCGACUGUGCUAGGUUCGCCACUGCCUGGACUAGAGACUAAUGCAUACAAAUAUGUACCUCCAUACAUGAGAGUGUACUCUUCUACCCAAGGCUUUGUCACACGGUUAUUUAAUUGGGAGCUCUGGGAUUGCAGGCCCCAAAUAAUCUUACUCUAUUCUUUGAUGUUAGGUAUUAUCUACUCUGUGCUUGUGAUUUCUAAUUGCCCUACACAUUAAUUUUCAAUAGGGUGACUGUUUUCUCAAAGGUGGAUAGAUGGGUGGACACAACACCUCAAUAUUUCGAGUAGGCUAUAUAAUAAAUUGCAUUUAGUGGAGAUUCCUCACAGUACUUGUAGGUAAAUGUCCAACAAUUAUUAUCUGCUUCAAGGUGCAUUGUGCUGCAUGUUUGAUAUUUAAUAUAUUGGGUGUGGUGAUGCAAAUAUUUUUAGUUGGAAUUAUGGCUGUGAAUUUGUUGCAUUAUGGCUGUAAGAGCAUUAUGGGAGAUGAACUAGUAUGGAAUAAUCUUUUUUAUAUCUUUAAUUAGUGUGGAGAAAUAAGUUAGCCUGUUAUCAAUUUAUUAGUGUCUAUUUACAUCACAUUGUUACUUUUAUGGAGUUAUUUGUGAUGAGAAGGUGCCAGUUCUAUGCAGACUUAUCUUACUAUUUCUGACAUUUAUACACACUAUAUAAAACUGAUUCUCUUCUAUAGCUUGGGGACAAUCAAGAACAAGACCGUCUAAACAUGCAAGAGCUUCCAGAGAUGUCAAGGUUUCUAGAAGACAAGGAAUGGGACCCUCUUCCACUGAAAAUGGAUAUCAAGAAUGUUCUGUUUCUGUUGAAGCAUCAUAUCGACAAUAACUGGGAAAAGAGAUCUGAAUACAUUUUACAGCUGGUUCUUGAGAAUGCAUUCAAGGUAAUAUGAAAUAUCUUUAUUUUGUACAUAUUAAAGUGAAGAUCCCUUUAUAUACACAUGCAUAAUUCCAAAUGUAUAUGUGUGUAUGAACUCUGAUCAGUCACAACAUUAAAUUCAAGGACAGGUAAAAAAACAAAGUAAAGUGAAUAACAUUUAUUAUAUUGUUACAAUGGCACCACCUGUCAAGCGGUGUGAUGUGUUAGGCAGCAAGUGAACAGUCAGUUUGAACUAAAAGAUCUGAGUGACUUUGACAAGAGACAAAUAGUGAUGGCUAGACGACUGGGUCAGAGCAUCUCCAAAUUGGCAAGUCUUGUGGGGUGUUCCAGAUAUGCAGUGGUUAAUACCUACCAAAAGUGGUGCAAGUAAGGACAACAGUUGGCAUCAAGGUCAUGGGCGUCCAAAUGCACAUUGAUGCACAUGGGGAGUGAAGGCUAACAACAAAAACAACAUAGAGGCAUCACCUUGCAACUUGCAAGACUUAAAGGAUCUGCUCCUAAUGUAUUAGUGCCAGAUACAACAGGACAAAGUCAGAGGUUUUGUGGAGUCCAUGCCUUGAUGCAUCAGAGCUGUUUUGGCAGCAUGAGGGGGACCUACACGAUAUUAGAUAGAUGGUUUUAAUGUUGUGGCUGAUCAUAUUAAAGGGACACUAUAGUCACCCAGACCACUUCAGGUCAAUGAAGUGGUCUGGGUGCCAGGUCCCCAGGUUUUAACCCUUCAGAUGUAAACAUAGCAGUUUCAGAGAAACUCUAGUGUAGUCUUCCUGAGGAUAUUUAUGUAUAUAUAUGUAUGCGUAUAUAUAUGGUUUUAUAUGUGUAUAUUGUCAUGUUUAUAUGUUCAUAUUAUUUGUUUUGCUAGAUUGCAUAUAUGCUUCCAUGUACAUUCUGGAUUCUUGAAUGUGAGUGCAUUCUUAAUCUGUGUCAUUUUUUUUUUUUUAACUCUCCCCCUUCUAGUACCAUAUCCUGUUUGUUUUUUUCUCUUUUUUGUCACUCUCUGGUCGUUACACAGAAUAUUUAUGACCCUGUGGAAUAAUGGUUUCUAUAUUCUUUUUUUCCUAUUAGUCCAAUAAAUAAGGUAUUAUACGUUAUUAAUUCUGUAAAUUAUAUAUAUAAUUUUGUUACCUGUAAAAUACAACCUGAUCUUAAUUAUAGAAAAGAGAGAAGAUGUAAGAGAAAACAUAUUUGCUUAUAUUAGACUAGUAAAGAAGCAGUUGGGGUGAUUUUACAGUCUGUUAGAAAAUAUGUCACUCACAUAAGGGUGAGCUAGAAGCUUGGUAUGACUUAAAAGGGGAAGAGUCCCCUUGGAAUAUAGUUAAACAGACCCAGGUAAAGUAAGAUUUCUGACUGGAGUAUGCUUUAUACAAGGUGAUUAGGGACAGUAAAGAGUAGACUGGUAUGUAAAUAGGCAACGUGGAGAACAACCAGGGUUUUUCUUUUUUUGUAUUUUUAUCCCUAUAUUUAGUUAAGGAAACUAUAAACUAAUAACGCAACGGAUUAAUAAAGUAGUACAUCACAAUUGUAAGUUAGUUCAUUAUAAACUAAUAAUAUGAUCAGCACAACUAGGAGUUGAAUGGUAUGUAUUUACUAAACUAAUGUAUUAAGGCAACAUGGGAAUGUUUUAGUACGAAUGCUUAUAAUGAUAAUGAAUAAUAUAAAGGCUGUUACUGCAAGUGGCUUGAAGGAAAAGGAUUUUAUUGAUGAAUAAUGUGUAAAAUGUGAUGUACUGCCUGUUUUCAUUUUUUUGGCAUUAAUAAAAAAAAAAAAAAAAAAAAUAUGUCACCAAAUUAUAACCCAAGUAGACUGUCUGUUAUAAGGUUUGUGAUGUUGAUUUUUGUGCUUGUUGAAAGAGCUUUGGUAUCGUUUCACUUUGUUAUUGUUCACGUUUAACUUGUGGAGAGAGGCCCAUUAGCCAUUUAGGAAUGCCUGCCUACUUACUUACAUGCUAUUAUUUACUUAUAAUGCAAUGUCAAAUGAAGUAUGAUCUAGAUCAGGACUAGGCAACCUUCAGUAUUCCAGAUGUUGUGGACUACAUAUCCCUUGAUGCUUUGCCAGCACUAUAGCUGCAAAAAAUUAUGAGAGAUGCAGUCCAUAAAAUUUGGAGUGCCUAAGGUUGCCUACCGCUGGUCUAGUUUAAAACACUAAGAAGACUUUUGAGAAAACUGGCCUUCAUAAAAUAAUUUUUACCAUAUAAUUUGAUUUUCUUCUGUAGUUUGGGGACGAUCUUGAAGAAAGUCACUUAAAAGCUAAAGACCUGCUUAAAGCUUCACUAACCGAAAUUAUAAAGUGCUUAAAGGUCAAAGUCUGGAACCCGGGGGAAUUGGAAAAGGAUCUCAAGAAUAUUCUCCUUAAGAUCAAAAAGCAUGAAGACCAAAUCUGGAAUAAAACAUGCAAAUACAGUUUCUAUAUGGAUUUUGAAAAUAUAGUUAUGGUGAGAUUAGACUCAUUUAUUCUCUUACUUCUCACAAUUUGCUCUCUUCACUUGCAGGAUAACUGUUUUUUUGUUUUUGUUUUUUCAAUCACCUACAGGUCGUAGUUAUCCUUAUUAUGCUCCUGCUUAUCACCUUGUGGAAACUAUUGAGUACUUUUGCUAUACUAAGCUGUGUUAUAACCUUCAUCAUCGACACUUGUCUUUCGUGCUGGAUACCUGCCUAUAAGGUAAAAUACACAAUGGACAUAUGGAACCACAACCAGAACCAAUAGCAGAGUAUAUCAAAUAUGUGAUUUCACAAUGUGAAGGAACUGUGGAUUCUGUAAGCAUACUGCUAAAAGAGUCUACUCCGUGUCACAGGCUGGAGCUCAUGUUCUUCUUUCUUAAAGGAACACUAUAGGGUUUGGAACACAAACAUGUAUUCCUGACCCUAUAGUGUUACUAACACAAAAUCUUUCCUUUAUUACAGUCUGCUGCUUCUGGCUCUGCACUUGAUCUGCCUCCUUGGCUGACAUCAUCAGAAGUGGUGAUCUCAGCCAAUCACAAUGUUUUACCAUAGGAAAGCAUUGUAUUGGCUAAGAAUGUCAAGGAGGCAGAUCAGGGGAAGAGUCAAACACAGCCUUGGCCAAUCAGCAUCUCCUCAUAGAAAUGCAUUAAAUCAAGGCAUCUAUAUGAGGAAAGUUCAGUGUCUCCAUGCAGAGGGAGGAGACAGUAAUGGGAUUCAAAGAUUUUAGUAACCAGUUCCGAAUUUUCAUAUGUUUCCAACUCCACAGGGUCGGCCCAAGACAUUGUGAUGCCUGGGACCAAGACUUCACACCCCACCCCUCCAAGUCAUGCGCGCGCACACAUGCACGUCGACGGAGUCACACAUACAGGCCCUGGUUGUCAAAAACACAUGGGCGGCAGGGUAAUUCUAUUAAUGCAAUAAAUGCAUAAACCUUGUAUAUCAUGCCAAUGAGCAGCAAAUGCAUAAACUUGAUAUAUCAUGUCAUGAAGAAAUAAAUACAUAAACUUGGUAUAUAAUGCCAAUGAACAGUAAAUGCAUACAUCCUGAAUAUUAUGCCAAAGAGCACUAAAUUCUUAAACUUUGAAUAUCGUGCCAAUGAGCCACGUGUGGCUCUAAAACGUCUGCUAGUGCCAUGUGCCCCCAAACAACCUGCCAGUGCCAUCUCUCUGCUCACAGCCUCUGAAUGCCAUCUCUCUGCCCUUACCCUCACUCUGUCAUCUCCCCCACCAGCCUCUCGGUGCCAUCUCCAUGCCCCCAGCAACUCUUUGCCAUCUCUCUGCCCUUUGCGCCAUCUCUCUUCCCUUGGCCUCCCUAUUUUUCUGCCAUCAGCAUCUCUGUGCUAUUGCUCUGCCCCCAGCCACUCUGUGCAAUCUCUCUGCCCUUUGCCUCUUUGUGUGGGAUGGUGACAGUGUGUUUUGGAUGGUGACAGUAUGUGUGGGAGGGCGACAGUAUGUGUGGGAGGGCAACAGUAUGUAUGGGAUGGUGACAGUAUGUGUGGGAGGGUGACAGUGUGGGAAUGGUGACAAUAUAAAAGGUGGUCAGGGUGACAGUGUGGGAGGUGGUAACAGUGGGGGGGGUGACUGUAGCAUGAGGGGAUGCUGACAGUGGGGGGAUGGCAGGGGGGGCAAUGGUAACAGUGUGGGAAGUUAAAAUGUGAGGGGAUGGUGACUGUGUGUGUGGGAGGGUGACAGUGUGUGGGGUGAUAGUGUGCAAGGGGGAUAGUGUGUGGUUGACAGUGUGGGGGGUGGUGACAGUAGAGGGAUGGGGACAAUGUGGGGUGGUGAGAGUGUGGGAGGUGGUGACAGUAGGGCAGAUGGUGACAGUGGGGUAGAGGGCCUACACCUCAGUCGGCCAGGUUAAUCACCGGUUCCGCAAAAUUGUUACAUUUUAUUAACAGGUUAGCAUGAACCAGACAUGUGUGACCUGCAUAAGUUAGAGGUUGAGAUUGGACAGGGAGCUUAGGGAUACAAUGGAAUGGGUAUAUAAGAGGUUACUCCAACCAAGUGUUUUUUUGAUUGUAGUAAACCUUAAAUGCAGCACCCCACCCCCCACCCUGAAAAAAAAAAAGAACAGAACAAAGGAAAACUUACCGGAGAUCCCAUGCCACAGCAAAGUUCGCCCUGCGGCCUGAUCCACUUCUGGUGAUGUAACUUUACUGAAGGGGGAGGGAAGUCUGGGAGACAGGCUGAGGGGAGGAUUUGGAUGCCACAAAAGGAGGCAUGCCAGAGGUGGCGUUACACCUAUGUAAAGAAUGGAUUUUAAUUUGGUACGAGCACUGUUUCAAAUUAAACUGCUGCACAUACAGAUUCCAAGCACCAUGAACACUUUAAAUCUCUGAAGUGGACAUGGGGCUUGGAGUAACCCUUUAAUGAACUAUCCUUCAUAAAUAAAACAAAUAAUUCAAUUUCACUCAUAAAUAUCAGUAACAGUAAAAUUCCCAGUUAUGUCAGGGAACAGUUGAAGGGGGUGAUGCACAAGGUAAUUCACAGACAAGGUAAGGUCUCAACUGACAUCUAAUCCAGGUGAAUUUGGCAAAAGACUUACAGUCCAUGGGAACAUUCUUCAAAAUUGCAUUGUAAUGCCACCAGCAGUGACUCAAGUGGUUGAGAGCAGGUAGAUUUCCAUCCAUCUAGUUCUUGGCCCUAAUGGUAUAUAUAACCUGUCACAUCUUGACGACUAUAGCAGACUGUAAUACUUUUGUCAUGAAUUCCACGUACUGAUGUGUGCAUUGGUUAUGAUAUUUGUAAUUGUGCCAUGAAUGGUUUUCCCAGUUACGACCACCCCUCUAUUACCUAAAAAAGGGGCUUCGGGCAUUCACAGCGUUAAAAAAAUAAAGCAUAUUUAUUGGAUCAAAAAUGCAACAGAGCAAUGUUUCGACACAAAGGUCAUUGUGAAGGUCACCCCUAUAAUACCUAACACCCGAUCCCUCUCUUAUUUUCAGCUACCCUGUGAGUAUGUUUUGUUGCUUUCUAACAUAAAUUUAGGGUUUUAUAGAUUUGAAAGUAAAUGCUGUCUGGGGCAUGUUCUCCUUGUUGCAGUGCUGCCAUGUACCCUAUUUGUGCCCUAUUGUUUUUAGGGGUUCAUAAGAAUAUUAUUUUCUGUCUUGUAAGAAAUUUUGCCUUAUAGUUGAAACUUAUUUAUCUCUUUGCAAGAUUUAGGCUGGAAAAAUAACUGUAAAAAAAUACAAGUUUGUGUUUAAUGGAAUCGGAAUUUAAAACCUCUCUUCUGUCCUGAUGCAGGCUUUUCAUAUUGUGACUAUAAUAAAAAUGGAUUUGGAACAGGAAGACUUACAACUGUCCUUAAUGAAGCACUUUGCAGUUUUAAUAGCAAUGAUGUUUUCCUUAUACUUUGUGCUGGUAAGUAGGAUUUAUAGUUAACUUUGCUUUUUUGUUUCAUUUUUUUCAUUUGUACAUGUUUAAAGUGAGGGGUCUCUCAGGGUGAUUCAGUAAAGUAAGAAUUCUUGGAAACACAAAAUUAAUUUCAAGUUUUAGAACAAAAUGACUGAAUUGGACGCAUAGCGGACUUGAAAAAAAUUUCAAACUCAGCAAGUUUUGCUUUAAAUUUUAAAUUCCUUUUGAAUUCCCCAAAUAGCGCUGCCUACGAAAUAUAAACCUCACCCACAUAACAGUUUAUUGACUACACAACUAGUUUUAAUGAGUUGAUAGCUAGUUUCCAAAAUGUAAUCUACAUGACUGAUUGAUUUUAGAAAAAAAUAUCCAACUUGGAAUUUUGUAACUUUUGUAAAUUUUGUCUAAUCAUCUAAUAUUCAUGUUAUAGGUAGUUUCUUUUUAUAGGUAACUGUAUGCAUCUUUAACAUCUACAUAAUAUUCUUUGUGGACUUUAAUUGUACUUUAUGGAAAGGGACCAUGCCUUUACCAUCACAACAAUUGUAAAACAAGACAAAUAAAACAAAGUAUUAGUUGAUUUUUAUUUAAGAAUGUUAUAUUGCCAACAAAGUAUGACAAUCUGACUUAACUUCGUUCAGGACAAAGGGUUAGCAAAUCUUAUUAUAUCAUUACUAUUGUGGCACGUUAUUGGUCAUGUAGGGGGUUAAUAUUCUCUUCGCCAGCAACAAAGAACCUCACUGUUGUUUUGUUUCAAAUCAAAUACAUUAUUGCAUCUCUUAUAUUAUAAUUGUACUGAGAAAUCGAUAUGGCGAGUACCGUGGAUUUGUGUGCAGUUCUCUGCUGUGUAAAAUACAAUGAUCACUUUAUGAUAUGCCAGCAAUGGUUUAUUGAUUUAAUGCAUAUUUACUGUCCUGAUAUCAACAUAAAUAUUGCUCUGACUUUGUAAUGUGGAUGCUCCAGCACUGGCUCAGGAGAGAGAAUCCAGAUGCUGAAGAAAAUGAGGAUUGUGUCCAGCGAAUACAGAGGGAGCCUGGUCCAGAUGAUCAUGAGUUGAAUCACAGAGAGCCCAUGCCUGUCUUGCAUGAACAAUUUUCCAAUGGAAAUAAUGCAUCUAGCAAUUCACUAGAACAUGCCCCUGAAAAGCCUUUUCCUUUAUCACAGCAGGAAUCAGAUCCACGUGUAAGUAAUUUUACAGGAAAAAUGGUUCUUGGAUAUGUAUAACAUACAUUGUGGGGCUUCUAUUCCUGAUCCGGAGAGACUUUAACCCUUUCAUAGAUGAUAUGGUUUGAGCAUGUGUAUUUUAUCACAUUUCGAUGGUGUUUUCUAGUUAAAUCUCUGGUAUACACAUACACACAUGUGCUUGUAUGUAUUAAUAUAUUAGAUGAUCUGCCCACUGUUAUCAACGUGCAUUCAUGUGUUCAAACCCUACAUUGGGUGGAUCAUGGCAGGUGACUUGCUCUAUACAUAAUUUGUUAUAUUUCAUAAUGUGCGUUACAGAUGCUUCUCCAUUUCCCAGCAUUCUUUAAAUGCCUGUAAAUUUUCAUGUUGCUUUAGUGGUUAUGGUGCCAGAAGGGUCAAACUCUUUGGUUGAAAGAAUCAGCUAAAGUAUUCUUAGCCAAUGAGCACAGCCCUGCAUCCACAGUGGUUUAUUCCAAAGAGAAAUUUGGUCUUCGUGCAGGAGAAAGCCAUAGAGGCGUACGCACCUUGGGGAGCUAGGUAAGUUAUCAAGCACUCAAAAAAUGCUUGAGUACUCACCAUGCAAUGUCAGUAAUCUGUAGUGGUUAUGGUGCUUGGAAUAUUCAUAGUAAAUCAUGAAUAGUUGUUUUUUUAUCUGCUACUAGCACUUAAAAAGAUUUAACUGGAUGCUCCCUUUCUAAAUGUUGAUGUAUUUUACAGAAUUAUGUGCCUUUUCAAAAUACACAAUCCUAUGGACAUGCAUCAAAUUCAGAGAUUACUGUACAAGAGAUAUCGUCAUCCGAGAUGGAUCCUGGAGACCAAAUGGAAUGCAAUCUAGCUGAUGUUUCUAGUUUUGGAGCGUGUGCUGAUGUGCAGGAAGACCAGACGCCAGCUGAUCAGAAUGUAUUCUGGGUUUGUAUAUCAUUACUAUUAAGGCUAGAGUUUGGGAAAAAAAGGUAAACCUUAAAUAUACAGUUGAAUGUAAACAUUUUAGUAUUUUGGCUUGGGUUUGGAGUGAAGGAUGAAUGGAGACUCAUAACGGAGGUUAUCUCCUGUUUUAUAUUUCCAGAUUCAAAUUUAUUAGGUAAUUGAUACUUCUUAUAGCAAAACCAUGAGCCAUCUACCAAAUCCUGGAGAUUAGGUGCUUGGUGAAGUGAUUUUCAAAUCUCCUAGUUGUACUGUUUCACUUAUUUGGAGACGGGUUCCAACUCUGAGUUGUGUGUUUUUAUAUACGUGUGUGUGUGUGUGUGUGUGUAUAUAUAUAUAUAUAUAAAUAUAUAUAUAUAUAAUUUUUUUUUAGUAAGGUGCUGGGUUUUAAAUGGUGUUAACUCGGCUGGUCUGCCAAUCAGGAUCAAAAAGACACAAAAUAUACUCAAGUAAUCCAUACACUUUUGUACACUGCAUUGCAUGAUAAUUGUUUGCAAGUGUUACUUAUGUUGUGAUAGAAUAAAAAAUAAAAUAAAAACAUGAAAUAUCAAAACUCGAGAGAGUGGCAGAAGAGACACUUCGAACCAUAUCCUAUGAACUUGCUUAGGUAUUUAUUGUGCUGGGAGUAACCAUUUAGACAAAAUACAUAUUUAUAGAUCUGUGUUGUCUAUUGCCUAUUAGUGAGAAGUUUCUAGAACAAUUACAACAGAUUUAUAUGUUUGCUCGCUUUUUAAAAAAAACAUUAUUUUGCUUAAAUGUGUCUACAAUUGGUGAGUUUUAAUUUAUUUAGAAUUAUGCCACUCCCAAGUUAGUGUUAUGUUAAUACAGUGACUAAUUUAAGGCCUGAGCUUCUCUAGUACUAGCAAUCGAUGGCAAUAUCAGAAUGGUAAGUGCCUUCCGUGCUUAUGCCCUCCUCUUUUUGUCUCAACCCUGCUUAACUUAAAGCAACACUAUAGUCAUCAGAACAACUAGAGCUUAAUGUAGUUGUUUUGGGGUCUAUAGCAUGUCCCUCCAGAGAAAAGGCAGUGUAUACAUUGUUCCCUAGGGAGACUUCCAGUGGAAGUCACUCAGAUGGCCAUCGAGGUGCUUCCUGGGUCCAGCACUAACCCAAGAAGCAUUGUAUUCCUGUCACUAUAGUGUUUCUUUAAGUUAAUUUCAGCCGUAUAUCAAUUUACACUUUGUGAAGGCAGAGAAAAUAAAGCUCAAGUAGAGAUUCACCAUUAACAUUCUGAUGCUGCUAUCAGGAAGAAAAACCUAAAUGGAAUUUUGACGGUUUACAGAAUAAUUUUAAAGCAGGACACAUUGGGUAAAAAAGAAGCAUAUAGGCAAAAAUGGGGGAAGAAUGGUGUCCUACAAUAAAUCACAUGCUAAUAGUACUUCCAGCAAUUUCACUUGUUUUUUUUAACCAGAUUUUAAGUGUCCUUUAAAAAUGUGUUUUACAGAAAGAUCUGAAUAACAAAACACCAAUUCAACGUGCAUCAUAUUUAAGGAGUGCUCUAGGAGCUGAACAAGAGAUAUUGAUAUCAUCAUCAAAUAUGGAUCCUGGAGACCAUAACAUUUGUGAUGAUUCCAGGUUUCCUGCAUGUGUGGGUGUGAAGGAAGGCAAUGUUCCCGCUGAUCGGAAUGUAUACUGGGUGGGUACAGCAUUACCAUUAAGGUUUUGAAGUGGUGUGAUUGUGCUGUUGAAUGUAAAUGUUAUGGUAUUUUAGUUAGGGUAUGCAGUGGAGAAUACAUGGAGACUCAUGACACACCAAUAUUAGUAGUCAAACCAUUUGCUAAAAAAAUUACAACUUACCUGCAGUCCACUUUGCGAUGGUCACCUCCUCCAUCAGAACUGGAAACUUUCUCUAUUGAGCUAAGCUUGGUUGAAAGCAAUCAGCUGUCACUCAGAGCCAAUGAGCUGGUCCUGCACAGCAUGGUUCAGCUCAGAUGGGGUAACAGAAGCUCUGUACAGGAGCUUCUGUCUCUCAAUAAUGGAAGUCACUGGCACCAGCUACCCCAGAUAGAUUGUCAAACGGUUCGCAAACGGUUUCAGUAUGUCACAGUACAUUAGAAUCCUUAGCAAGAUAAAAGGCAACAAUCCUAUCAAAGGUAAAUAGAGGAGAGAUACCAAGGUUUAAUACUGGACCUUAAUGAAAGGCAAGAGUUAGAAAGUAACAGGACUCAUAAAUUUAAGUUUAUUCAGACCAGGAAGAGAAUAAUGAAAUCAAUAGUAAUAAUAACACUGGCCCUGAAUGACUGGAACUCAAACUCACAAACAAGCCAGAUCUAAUUAUUAAUAUUAUUAUUAUUAUUAUUAUUGCCAUUUAUAUAGCGCCGACAGAUUCCGUAGCGCUUUAGAAUAUUAUGAGAGGGGGGAUGUAACUAUAAAUAGGACAAUAACAAGAAAACUUACAGGAACAAUAGGUUGAAGAGAACCCUGCUCAAAUGAGCUUACAGUCUAUAGGAGGUGCGGUACAAAACACAUUAGGACAGUACGGGUGCGAGCAGCGGUAAGGAGAUGGUCACGAGCGGAGGGAACGAGGAUCAGUGAAGAAAUAUGAGGGGACAGAAUUGUUCAGUGCUUUAAAUGUAUGGGUUAGCACUUUGAAUUGACUCCUAUAGGAUACAGGGAGCCAAUGUAAAGACUGGCAGAGGGGUGAGGUGUGAGAGGACCGACUAGAGAUGAAAAUCAGUCUAGCUGCAGCAUUCAUUACAGACUGUAUCAGGGCAAUAUGGCUUUUGGGGAGACCAAUCAGGAGAGGGUUACAGUAAUCCAUGCGUGAAAUUACUAGAGCAUGGACAAGCUCCUUGGUAGCAUCUUGUGUAAGAAAGGGGCGGAUGCGGGCUAUGUUUUUAAGUUGGAACCUACAGGAUUUGGCAAAUAACUGGAUGUGAGGCUCAAAGGUGAGGCCAGAGUCAAGUAUGACGCCAAGACAGCGUGCUUGCAAGGAUGGACUUAUGUGGAUAUCACUGACUUGAAGGGAGAGCGAGAGAGGAGGAUCAGUAUUAGGAGGAGGAAAGACAAGGAGUUCAGUUUUAGAGAGAUUGCGUUUCAGAAAGCGUGAGGACAUCCAGUCAGAGAUGGAAGAAAGGCAAGCAGUGACACGUUGCAGGACGGCAGGGGAGAGGUCCGGGAGGAGAGGUAUAUCUGAGUGUCAUCAGCAUACAGGUGGUAGUGGAAUCCAAAAGAGGCAAUAAGUUUGCCAAGAGAGGCAGUAUAAAGAGAAAAUAGAAGGGGACCAAGGACAGAGCCUUGGGGAACUCCAACCGAGACAGGACGAGGGAAGGAGGUAUCCUUGGAAAAGGAGACACUGAAUGAGCGUUGGGAGAGAUAUGAAGAAAACCAAGAGAGGACAGAGUCACAGAGACCGAGUGAUUGAAGAGUUUGAAGGAGGAGAGCAUGAUCAACGGUGUCAAAGGCAGCAGAGAGGUCAAGGAGAAAUAAUAUGGAGUAGUGACCUUUUGGAUUUAGCUGCGAUUAGGUCAUUCGUAACUUUGAUAAGAGCAGUGUCAGUAGAGUGGAGAAGGCAGAAGCUAGAUUGAAGAGGGUCAAGGAGAGAGUUGGAAUUGAGGAAGCGAGACACGCAGGUAAAGACAAGUCUUUCCAAAAGCUUUGAUGAGAAAGGGAGCAGGGAUAUUGACUGAUAGUUAGAGGGGGAGGAUGGGUCAAGAGAUGUUUUUUUCAGGAUAGGUACUACAGUGGCAUGUUUAAGGUCAGCAGGAACAGUGCCAGAAGAGAGAGAGCAGUUAAAGAUGUGUGUUAGGGUAGGCACAAGACAAGGGGAGAGAGAUCUGAUGAGGUGAGAUGGGACAGGAUCGAGCGGGCAAGUGGUGGGGCGAGAGGAAUGGAGAAGCGCAGCCACCUCUUGUUCAAUAGCCAUGGAAGAAAGUUUGAAGGGUAGGGGAGGCAUGAUUUACGUGUGGGUGAGAAAGAGAACGGCAAGGAGGGGAGAAUUGUUUCCUUAGCUGUUCAAUAUUGUCGGUAAAGUAGCAUGCAAGCUAUCAGCUGUAAGGUUAGUUUGGGGGGUGGCCACAGCAGGGCGCAGUGAAGAGAAUUUAAAGGUGUCAAAGAGACGUCUGGGGCUGCGGGAACAUGAACUAAUGAGAGAGGAAAAGUAUGACUGUUUGGUGAGGGCUGCGCUGUAUGAACGCAAUAUGAAUCUAUAAUGGAGAAAGUCUGCCUCGGUGCGGGACUUCCUCCAGGAGCGUUCAGCACAACGGGAGCAACUCUGUAGAUAACGUGUUGAUUUAGUAUGCCAAGGUUGGGAUCUAAUAGGCAUAAAGGAAGAGGAGAAUAUCAAGGUCAAACUUAGCUGGAACAAAAUAAUUGUUAUAUUAGCCAGGGUCUGGUACACAAAGACAUACUGUAAAAAUCAAUGGCAGGCCGGGUCAAAUAACAGGGAAUCAGGAACAUUUGACAAAGUAACACGCCUAAUGGCUCUGAGACCAUAAAAUGCCACUGGACCAUAUCAAAAGUGGAUAUAUAGUACCAGGCCCUUGCAUCAAUUUAACACCUUUGACAUAUGCACAGAGCAUCCCGAAGGAUACCAAUCAAUUAACUUAUAAAUAGGCGCCAAAGUCGCAGCUGACAUCUUUUAAAUUUAGGUCGUUUCAGAACAAUGCGAAUGCAACCUGGUACAGGCUGCGUCCAAAGUGGCAUGGCCUACUGGUAAAGCUACCACCUAGUUAACCAUGCAGAGUUAUGUGAACUCGUUAUCCAUGAUGCCUAUAACAAAUUGAUAAUUUCUCACUGCUUAUCCUCAGUUGUCAUAUGUAAUGUCAUGAUUUGUAUAACUAGCCUUACAAGACUGAUGGAAUACUGCUUUUUCAAUAAAAGUCUAUUUAAAAACAAAGUGGCAUGGACGAACUGAUGCAUGAGUGUCAAUUAUGCUAGCUUUCCUUACAAACUACUUACCCUGGCAGGGUGCAAGGGCACUAAAGGGAGCAUAACUGCUACAGUGGACUUUUUUUUUUUUUUCCUUUUUCUUUUAUGAGAUGCUCAAAUUUCUUUACUAGUUAUAGUAAAGAGUUAGCAAAUUUUAUUAUAAUGCUAUUUAGAUAGGGCAGUACCUGUCUUGCUUUCCAGAUUUAGAUUCCUGGUGUCCUGCAUCCAGGGACAACAGGGAAUUGUCAUUGGACAGCAUUAGUGGGCAAUCUGACCAUACAGAACUCUCUCCAUGGCCCUACUUGCAGGGGGGUGGCUGGGAUGCUGCCUCUCAGCCAGACAUGCUUGAUACCAGGCUGGAACAUCCACAUCAGUGGAUGGGCAUGCCAACUUACCAGGAGGUCCGUCCUUUGUGGUUGUUGCCAGUGAUGAAAGUUGCUUCAUUGGUGAUGCCCCCUAGAAGGGCCACUCAUUCAACCUGACUGCAAACCUCAGAAUGUUGGGAGAUAUGCUGUUCUCUGUAUGUUUUUUCUAUUGACGGGAAACUAAGAUGGAGGUGCCCAAUUGCAGGAUAAAGAGGUUUGGAUUUCUACAUUUUAUUUUAUUUUUCACACCUGUGAAAUAUAUAUUUGUUAAAUAUAGGGAUAGGGCAAAUAAUAUUAUAUUAUUGGAACUGGCAGUAUCCCUUUUAGUACUAGCGUUUAGAAACCUGGAAUUGUAUUUGUUGGAUUAUCUUAGGGUUUAGAGAAGUGGAUAGAUUUAAUGUCUUAAAUGGCCUUAAAUCAAGUUUCAUAUUUUUAGAUCAAACGCACUGCACUGACCAUUAUUAUUAUUAAGGAGUAAUUUAUUAGGCAAUUCCCAGGUGUGAAGCACACAGCAAGUUAUUUGAUACUAAGUUGAUUGCUCAUUGAUUUCACUGAAGACUUAGAUCAAGUCCCAGCUCAGAACUGACAAGGUUUAUGUGACUGUCCCAAGGUCAUAUUUGCUUUUGAAAAAUCAUGCAACUUUUCACAUACGUUUAGCACAAAUAUAAAAUGAUGCAUUUAAGUUUCACCCAGCAGCAAUUAACACCUUUACUUCCGGAAUCAUGUAAAAUGUUUUUAAUUUUAUAUACUUUGCAAAAUGAAACUAAAGCCUGCUUCCAAACAGUACAGGACAUUUCAAUGGGUCCUACAUUCCAACAGUCAGGAAGGGGGAAGGGGUGAAUAAGCUCUCCCAUUUCACUGUCAGCAUUCCAGAGAAUCAAAGUAGGAUUAAGAACUCACAGGGCCCUAGGCAGAUUUUCAAUUUUGGUUCCUAUUUAUUCUUCACAUAUGAAUGGUAAAUGGGACCAAGCAAAUUCAUGGUUCUGUGAACCCUGUCAAACCUCUGGGUCCUAGGAAUCACCAGAGAGUGAUAAAGAUUGUUAUAGCACUUUUAAAUACCUUUAUUUUAGAAAUGUAUGAUUUAAUUGUAGUACAUGUGUGUGGGCAUUAUGCUCAAAUACAGACAUUCAUUUUAAAUUAUGUUGCCAUUUUCAUUAAGGUGUACUGUUAGUAAUAUAUUCAGGGUCCUUACAAACAGCUAUAAGCAAGCUAUGUGACCAUCUUUAUUUAUCAAUUUUUUUCAUAUGUGAGAGAUUCUUUAUUUUUAUUUGAUACUAUUAUUUCAGACCUUGUGUGAAAUAUUUCAAUGUGAAAGACACUGUAAACUGUCAAAAGAUUUUUCUUCCCAAAAACUGUAUAUUAAAGGAUCACUAUAGCGUCAGGAAAACAAACGCGUUUUCCUGACACUAUAUAAUCCUUGGGGGUCCCCCUCCCGCUGGGCUGAAGGGGUGAAAACCCCUUCAGCCACUUACCUUAAUCCAGCGCUGGGCUUACUCUGCGAUGGUGACCUUUCCUCCCCCACCGAUGUCAGCUCCUGAGUGGAGCAAGAGCCGCGCGCGCAUUCUAACAGUCCAUAAGAAAGCAUUUCUCAAUGCUUUCCUAUGGACGUUCUGCACGCUGGAUGCGAAUUUCACAUCCAGCAUCGCAGAAGUGCCUCUAGCGGCUGUCAGGAAGACAGCCACUAGAAGUUGGAUUAACCCUGCUAUGUAAACAUAGCAGUUUCUCAUCUUUCAUAUUAUUAUUAUUAAUACAGUGUGACAAAGUGCCCUUCGCCACUUGUGCCUUUUGGGGGCUACUGGCUAGCCUCCUGCCUUACGACUAUGGCCCCUGUGCUGAUAGCUGUAUUUUACCCUGCAGAAAGGUUUAUUUGUGUAUUUGUGGGACUUUCAGUAUGUGAGUAGUGCUACUCCAGAUAGCUAUGCCAUGGAGCCUAUUUGUGUUACGAAAGGCUAUGGAAAAGACUUUGGCCCCAUGGCGAUUUAACUGUAUGUAUGUGAUCUGAGCGCCAUUUGGUAAUAAUGUGCGCUCAGAUCUAAGCUAUCUGGGGAUAUGUUGCAUGGAUAUGUUUUAUGUAGUAAUUGUAACAUUGUGUAAUUUUAUGUCUUUUUGUAACCAUGUGGUUAAUGGAGUCUUGCCUCUGUCCUGGGAGAUAAUUUGAUUACUUCCCAAUUAUCUCCAGGAUAGAGAGGAGGGAUUGUGAUGUCACUGUGGGAGUGUUUUGUUUGUAUUGUCUGUGAUUGGCUAAUAUCCAAUAUGUGUCCCAUUGUUCCAUCAGGUCCCCUAGGGGAGUGUCCACCUGGUGGACACUUGCAUAAAUACCGGGCAGGUAGCCCUCAAUAAACCAGACCUACUUGAACCUUUCUUGAAGCCUUGGCUCAUGCUUGGGGGAAGGGAUACCUACACUCUGGGGAUUGCUAUAAUCACUUACUCCCCAGAGUAAGCUCUUGUAAGAGCUUGAUUUGUUCCUGCUAUGCUCUCUGGAUUUAGGAGAGGUACACCCACUGGGAGCUGGAUCCUGGUUGUGGAUCCAGGGUGGGUGAGAGAUGGCAAGACCCCGGCGUAGCUGCAUCGCUGGAAGUGGGGUCUGCAGUGCUGAUGGUGUCGGUUGGAGUGCUCAGAGUCCUCGGCAAGCGCUUGGAGCAUCGAUUGGCGGAGGUACUAGGUCGGAGUGCCAGCGGUCCGUCACAUACAGUGCUUUGCAUUAUUAUAAAGGUGGAAAUUUAACAACAAAUAAGGCAAACUAUUACAUAUUUUAAUAGGAACAAUUGGUUGAUGAGGAUCCUGCAUGAAUAACUCUUUCUAAACUUACUCUCUUACACCCAAAGUUUUGAAAUGCUGUAGGGUACGUGAAAUCAUGAAGAAUGGCGGGAAGGCUUAAACUCUGAACAUCGGUCACAACUAAAGGAAGGCGUUGACUGCUGGACAGGGAGGGUCCGGUAACCAGCUGAAGAAUGCAUCUGUCUGUCGAUUCAGGCGGAACGCAACAGAUCUAGGAUAAACACUCCUUAUAGAAGUGGAGACAGGGAAAAUUUGUGGGUCCAAUUGCCAAUCGCUGGAGUCUCCAGUGGUGGGAAACCAAUCUGCGAUGAGAUUGUCGGAACCUGGCAGAUAUUCCGCUCGAAGAGUGAUGUCUCUGCCUAGGCAAAACUGAUACAGUUCGCUUGUGAGUUCCGUGAGUAUCUUUGAACUGGAACCUCGUAGGUGAUUCACAUAGCAGACUGUUGACACAUUGUCCAUCCUCAGCAGUGUUGUAGGCAUCUUUGGCGAAGCUGCUAAUUGCGAAAGAACUAGCAAUCCAUUUGAGGCAAACGGUAUGCAGUUCAGGCUCCGAUGGGGACCAAAGGCCUCUGGUUUAAUGUACAGUGCAGGUCACACCCCAGCUGAAUAGGCUGGCGUCUGACUCCAGAAUGAAAUCCUGUUUGCGAUCCAAAGAUAGCCCUCCGGUUCCAAGUUUCCAUAUGGUGUAGCCACCAGUAAAGUUCCAGUAAGACCUCGUCCGUUAGUGAGAUCCACUGAUCGUAAGAUGUGGAGUGAUGCAAGUAAUGUGUUUUCAGGUAUUCCAUCACCUGAUAUUAUAAUGGGGCUGGGAAUAUCGCCUGGAUGGAGGCAGAGAGCAUACGAGCCAAGUCGCGAAAGCUAAGAAAUAGUGAGACCACCAAUUUCCAAAUGUCCUUUUUGAUAGAUUUGGUUUUUGUAGAAGGAAGUUGCAGUCCUGAACAGAUUUUAUCUAAAAUCAGAGCAAUUGAACCGUCUGAGACGAAAUGAGAGAUGAUUUCUGGAGAUUAAUAAUGAAUCCUAGAUUCAGUAAAAGGGCUGUGGUCAUGUUCAUGAAGGUGCAGAGUCACCGGCUUUUGUGCCAUGAGGAGGAUAUUGUCCAGAUAUAUCAUGGAUCAAACUCCUUGGGAGUAGAGCAAAGCCAUAGCGUGUUUCAUCAGCUUGGUGAAGCACCAAGGUACGGAACAUAGGCCGUAGGUGAGGCAGAUGAACUGCCGUAGACCUUAACACCAACAGAACUGUAGGAAGCUGCAAUGACCCGGUGUUACUGAUACCGUCAGGUAUGCUUCCUUGAGGUCAAAAUGAAACGAGAGAACCAAUCUCCCUCGCAGAGUAGGUUGCGUAACAGAUGGAUACCCUCCAUCUUGAAAUGUCCACAAUACUCAUGCAUGACUUAGAGAUGAUAAUUGGACGUCGAACCCUCUAAUGGGUCGAAGUCAUGUUGGAAAGUGGGUUUGAUAUUAAACAACUUUGGGUUUUUUUAACGGCAGAAGCACUAUCGCCCUUCAAAGGGUGCUUGCGUGGAUCUCAUCAUGAUCCGAGCCCCGGGAGUCAUCAGAAUCCAAUAGCUAUACGGGCACUGGCUGCUUGCAGAAAGCCACUAAGGCUUUGGGGAUGGACUUAGCAAUGCCAAGCUGUAAGCUCAGCUGACACUGCAGGGUCUGGUUGAUCAGACAUAAUGAAUGAACAGGAAAAGUAGUGGAGUCACCACACUAAAAAUACAAUCAGGAGAAUUUUUAUUUAUUUAUUCAUUUUUUUAAAUUAAAUUAGGACUGAUGCAGACUUAACUAUUUACACAACUAACUAUAGAGUAAGAGGACUUGUCUUGGGGAUCAACCAAAGAAAAAUGUAGACAAGUGGCAUCAGCUACAUAUAUCAUAAAGUGGUGGUCAGACACAAAAGUGUAUUAAUAGGGUUUAUCCCCUCCCCCCUCCCCCCCCUAAAUGAAGACAGUGUAAUUGUCCACAAUCUUUAACAGGAUUCACCUGUGUGUAUUACUAAUAAUCAAGUAUUAUAGGGGUUCACCCUUAUAAUGAGGCAAGAGAGGGUUACCCUCAGUAAUAAGGCAAAAUGGGGUCACCCACAGUAGUGAAGCAAGGAUUUUGUUAGGAGAGACCUGUAAGAAAAAACAAAUGGGGUCCUUAACUGUAAAUUUAGAAAAUACUGUUAGCCAGAAAUAUAAUGACCAGAUAUAGGGCUCAAACAGCGAUGUUUAUGGUACUUACGCUGUACAGAACCGAUCCGGAUGACUAACGAGAGCCUAAGAACACCGCAGAGAGAAACCUCAGAGAUGCGACUAACAAGAUGCGCGGACGGACUAAAAGUGUGCAAAUAAGUACAAAUGUCUGCGGGCCAAAAGGAGGAAGGCGGUACGCUAUGAGGGGAAGGGCGGGAGAAAACAGCCUGACUGACAGCCAUUCGUGAGCGGUAAAACUGCAAGCCACAGCUAGUUUAGUAGUGUCCCGGCUUAGAAACACCAAAGGCAGUGAAAGGCACCCAGUAAACCUAAGAGCCCUAAAACGGGGAGAAAAACUGAAAUUAUGCACUACUAGAGGAAGGCCGGCCCAUGGGCAACAGCACAGUCCCUGUUUUUCGGUCCCUACAAUACAAAAUUAUAAAUAAUGACAGAAGACAGUAAUAAUAGAUUUUUUUUAGUGAGAGAUUUAAAAAAGUAACUAUUGUUAGAUUUAAUACCAGAAUAGACUCACCUGGGAGGCAAGCAGCAAAAAAAGAGGGGUUGGAAGAAGUCUCACAGCCAUUAAUGACAUACAUUCUGACUGGUUGAUUCUUUGGUUAUAUGUUUAACUGUUUCUUUGCUGCUGUGAGCUUUAGUAAAGAAGAUUAAAGCGAAUAUGAAGCCUCCUGUCUUGCCAUAAAAUUUAAAUUCCACUGCUAAAAUAAUUUAAAAAAAAUCUAAUUGAAAUAAUAACAAUGUUAAAAUGCUAAAAUAUCUAUAAUAUUAAACAAAGUAUAUGUAAAAAAAAAAAAAAGGAGAAAAACUCCUCCCUACCUUUAGUAUAUGACAGAAUCCUUUGGCCAUAUGCCAGCAUCUUGGGUCUGGCAGUGUUUUAAAACCAAGAAUUAGUCUCUAUGGUCUUCCCUGCUUCUGCAGAAAUCUAUUUCCUCUCAAAACACUAUUCUUGUAUUCUAAAAUAGUUUUGAGGUGACAGUCAUCCUAUGAGGACUAAAUUUAUUAUUUAAAGGUUUUUAAUUUAACCCUUAAACCUUGGUUCUAAACUUUCUAUGUUGAAAGUCCUUGUUUCUUUAUCUUGAUUGCUGGCAGACCUCAGGUUACCGUCAACAAUACACCAAGUAAAAGCAUUUUACGAAGAUACAUUAAAUUAUGUGAUAUUACAAGAGUGAGAAGGAACCUGAAUGCCAAUUACUAUACUUCACAGCAAUGACAGGAAAAUGGAACAGAAACCCCAACAAAUAUAAACAUAAUAAGGAAGUGCAUUGUGCAAAAAUAUAACAGAACAAUGUAUCAGCUUUACUCAUUAUGGUUCUUCCCACAGGUAUAUUUAACAAAGUGAGAAUUCAAAGUGAAUUUUAAAUUGAAUUCCCAAGUAGACGAACUGGAAGUAUUUCUGACUUGGAGAAUGUUUCGAAUUUGCCAAUUUUUACCUUAAAUUUGAAAUUCACUUUGAUAAUCUAUCUCUAGAUAUUUGCCUUUUAAUGAGUCCCCUUCCAAGUGUUGCAUACAGCUACCAGUGAUAUUCUUCAUAUAAUAUGAUGUUUCUGAUAUGUUUUGAUAGUUCAUAUAAAUGUAUAUUUCUAUGUUUUGAUAUUCUUCAUAUAACAUGUUUCUGAUAUGUUUUGCAGACCAAUAUAAUUACAGAGACACCAGCUGAAGAAGGAGAUGUAUUAGGUUUAAGACGUACUAGUGGAACCAAUUUAAAUAUAUCAGAAAUUGAUCCAGCACACCAGUUGGAGUGCAAUCAAGCUAGUUGUUCCAAUGCGUUAUUUGCUCAGAUACAAGAGAUACAAGAAGACUAUGCUCCUUCUAGUCUACGAGAAUACAAUGUGUCUGUGGAUCCAUCAGCACAAAGUUUUCUAUUUCUCAACUCUCCUGAAGAUAUUUACUCAGGUUUUGAUAUGUGUUAUUCUGGCACUUCGAGCAUUGAAGUCAUUGAGGAAUCUCUGCGGUCCAGGAAUGUGGAUAUGUCUAAUGAGGAUAAUGAAGUGGCAGAACCAAAUGUUUUAAGAACUUAG